AUGUCACGGGCUCUCAUUGCCAUAUUUGCCUUUCUGGUUCUCACUGUCUCUGCCAUCCCCUCUCCGCGAGAGGUCCUAUGGAGCAACAAAACAUUUGGACCUGAUGGUCCGUGGCGCGCCGUCCAAACGCAACUAGGACCGAAAGGCACCAAAAUAGAUCUAUUCCCAGGUUCCAGCUGGGAGACAUACCUGAUCGAUCAGUCGUACUGUAAACAAGACACCUGCUAUGCCUCCAAGGCUGGUACAUACGACAAGAAAGCCUCUGGCUAUUCUGGUGGAAUUGGCAUACAGGGUCCCCUCGAAGCCUUCAUGCUCGGAGUGAAUUUGAACGGUGAUGAUGGGACUCGUUGGCUAGACGAGGUCUCGUUCAACGGCCAGACCGUGAAGAACACCAGUCUCGUUCUCCUGACGGAUGCCCAGACGGUGUCGUACCCUGGCGGCCAGAAGUCACCAUUCUUUGCCGGCUGCCUGAGUUUGGGUGGCGAUCGAGAGACGAAUCAGUCCUUCACUGUCAGUGCCGGCGUCCCUUCGAUCAACGCCAGCCUUCCCUCAGGCUACUUGUGGGAGCAUGGAGCCACAGAUUCAAACUCAUUUGGCAUGCAUAUUGGAUCUGUGCAGCCUGACCUCCCUGGCUCCCUCUUCUUUGGUGGUUAUGAUAAGAACCGAGUUGCCGGAGACAUACUCAGCAUGACCGGGAGCUUCAGAAGCGGCAUUACACUUUGGGACGUUGGCAUCGAUGUUGUCGACGGGAAGUCGCCAUUCAGCUUUCCAUCUAACAAAACCGGCCUCCUUUCCAAAUCAGCCGGCAGUGGUAUCAAGGUCCGCAUUGACGGCUGUUCACCAUACAUUACUCUCCCCAAAGCAGUCUGCGACAACAUUGCGGCCGAACUCCCCGUGAACUUCGACGACAGCCUUGGCCUCUAUCUCUGGGAUACAAAUUCAGACAAGUACAAAGAGAUCGUGCCUUCGGCGACAGCCUUGAGCUUCUCGUUCAUCUCCGACUCGAACACCGACCCGAUCAAGAUCCGAGUGCCGUUCAUGCACCUGAACCUGACCCUCACGGAUCCGAUCGCGACGAGCCCGACGCCCUACUUUCCAUGCCAUGUCAACAACAGCACAAACUACGUACUGGGUCGAGCGUUCCUACAAGAUGCCUUUGUUGGAGGCAACUGGCACCCCGAUGUCAACAAGUGGUGGCUAGCUCAGGCUCCGGGCCCCAGCAUCCAGGCUACUGCCAACGUGGUGACGAUUGGGACCAAAGACUCGACCAUCCAGAAGGGUGGAAACAACUGGGAAGCUUCAUGGAAAGGGGUUUGGACCGCCGUCGAGGCAGCACCCUCCUCCAGCUCUACCGAGGACACCUCGAAGAACACCGAUAAUGGUGGCAGCGGAGGCUUGUCGACGGCAGCCAAGGCUGGAAUCGGGGCUGGAUGCGGCGUCGCAGCACUGGCACUGCUCGCCCUGGCCGUGUUCCUCCUCCGCCGGCGACGUCGGCAACGGGAACUGGCAGCCCAGCCCGUACACAUUUCAGUUGCCCAAACCCCACAGACCAAUUCCGUGUACACAUCCUACACGACGGUCUCCAAGACACCGGUAAACGACGGCGUUCCGUAUGCGCCACCUAGUGAGCUGGCCAACGAUGUCUCCAUCCAAACACUGCAGCGAGAACAGGCGCGGUAUGAGAGGUUUGAACUCGACACCUAG